GCGAUUUGCUAACGUUCAUCUCCAACGGUUGCUAACAUUGGCAAUAAGGCUAACGCUAAUAUGUUGUCACCUUAAUUUAUUUAAUUGUGUGUAAGUGGGUGUCAUGUUUAGCUGACGUUACUUUUGGAGCAAAUGCUUGAACAAAAGCGUGAAGAAAAAUGUUACUCUGAAAGAGCGGCUGUCAUCCCACACGUUAAAGUUAGCUAUACUAUUUACUUUGUUAGCUUGAUUAGCUAGCUUGCCGGUAUGAAAUAGCAGUUCCUAUUUUUAUCGCAAAUAACGCUAGAUUGGCCUGAGUUUGUUGUGAUGAUUAACAGGGGAUAAACGUGAAAUAUAAGGUUAGCCAUAUUGUUACCUUGGUGGUAUUUAAGCGUUGUUGAUGGCUUCACAACAACUGAGUCGUUUCCACAGGGAAAUGGAUAGUAGGCCUACAGUGGUUUGCACCAGCAACCGUAACACCGUAAGGACAGAUCUCAGUUUGCUGCUUGAGUGUCUGAAGUUUCAGAUGAAAAGUCCCGAUUUGCAGAAACAAGCUCUUCUCACCAUUCACUCUAUCUGUGAAAAAAGAGAGGAUAAUGUGGACCUGCUGAGAGAAAUGGGAGGUGUAGCAUUUGUGUACAACCUCUCCAAAUCCAGUAUUGUUCGUUCAGAUGUUAAGGAGACUGCACUCUUUACACUCGGCACAUUAGCAGAGGCCAAUGUGUAUUGCAAGAAUUCUCUGUGCAGAAAGGAGACAUUUGCAGACCUUGCCUCAUUGUUGGUGGAGGAAGACAUCCCGCUGACACAGAAGAGAGUGUCUGUGUAUCUGCUGUCUGUGUUGGUAGCCAACAACAAAUCGGGACAGACUUUAAGCCAAACCACCAGCUGCCUUGAUAUACUACUCGACCUCUUCAGGACCACUUCCCCUCUCUCCGCAGGGGCUUCUUUGAGAGCUGCUAAUGCCACUCAAACAUUCCAGCUUUGGGCAUCUGUGUCUAGUGCUCUCUGUGGAUGUGUCAACAACCCUCAGAAUGAGGAGGGUCAGCGUAUUUGUGUAGCAGCCUUUCCUGUAAUAAAAGUGUGGCUUCAGCAGAUUGCGCUGCCACGCACAGAGAUUUUUCAACCCAUAUGUUCUUUCAUAGCAAUGACGGUUGCCAACAACUCCUGUGUUCAGGAGAGUUUUUCGGCCUCAGGCGGUCUGGAUACUCUCACUCUCGCACUGGCCCGUCUAGCUUCUGCUGCCGAUACAAGCCUGUUGUCGUGCCAGCUUUCUGUCACUAUAUCCAAGACCCUGUCAGCCUGCAUCACAGAAAACUCGUCUCUGGCUUCAGGUCUGGCUCAGUAUGGCGUGGUUUCCCACCUCUUCUCCCUGCUGGCUAGCCCACACCUGGACCACGAGGAAAGGCUCUCUGUUUUACUCACCAUGGGCCACUGCACUGAGGCUUCAGAGGAGCACCAGUUUCAGCUGGUGCAGUGUGGGGGCCUGCCCCUUAUUAUAACCCUACUCACAGAGGACACAAGUGAGGAGGUUAGGAAGGCUGCUACAUUCAUAUUGCAGACCUGCAAACAGGCCACCAUGUCCAUGGGAGUGCCUGGUGUGAAAGUGAGACAUGGUGAGGGAGAACAUGUGGACCCCUUUAUAAACAUGGAAAGCUUCAAGAGCUCAGCCAGAGAGUUGCUGCGCAGGAUUGACCAGCUAGAGAAGAGACCAGCAAAGGAGGCUGAGGAUGAGCAGGAAGUCCUAUACCCAUUCGAUUCAUCUGAAGAGCGAGGCCAACCAUCUCUGCCUCCAGCAUCACCUCCACCUCUGCAGCAGGAGAGCUUCAGAACCAUUCCCACGGCAUAUACUCUCAAGCUGUUAGAAGGAGGGGACGACGACAACAACGUUAAAAUUCAAUUGUUGAGAAAUGUGAUCAAAAACAGGAACAACAGCCAACUGAAGAACACGAGCUCCAGUUUAAGUAUGCAGGAAGAGGAGAGUAGAACCAGUGGAGGGGAUGUGAAGUGUUCAGUGUGCAAGGGCACUGGAUCCCUCACGUCUUCACAUGGGCGGCCACUAGAGGGAGGCAGAGAGCCGCACACAGCAGACAAUGAGUUGUUCAAGCCCCCAGCACCAGUGAGGCACAGUGUACCAAAGGAAAUGAAAUGUGCUGAUGAAGAGGAAUUGCAGGAUCAUGAGAUGAGUAAGGGGGGGGGAAUCCAAGUGGAGGGCCGCUCACUCUCUCAUAUCCGGUGUGCAGGUUGUGUGCUGCCUUUUGAGGAAGUGACUAGUCGCAAUUUUGCAUCUCUCCAGAGCUCCUGCCAGCAGAGCUGUGAGAUGCACAGAGUUCUCCAGGAGGCCACCGAGCGGUUCAGGACGCGUCACUGCAACCUUCUGUUCAGGAGAGAGCCCCAAGACGACUCUGUAGGACAAACCGACCCAGAACCUGACCGGGUUUCACCUGCAGAGUCACCGAGAAGCUGGACAAACUGGAACCAUGUCUGCCUGACUCCCAUACGUAAAGAAGCAAAGAAAAGCACCGUGGCACAACACCACUGGAAAAGGCACAAUGGUAUCACUCUGACUCCACUGCGCAGAGGGGCUAACAAGAAGAUAAUGACCUUUAAUAACAGGAUGGGUCCAACCUUCAUUCCCCUCAAAGGGUCUCAUCUUCCUGGAGAGAGAAGAGGAGGCAAAAAUAUUGGAAAUCACAGUCUUGAUGAUGAUCUGAGGACUAGCACAGAACACUCUCCCGCUAGAAGGCAAAGGAGAGACUUCAGCAGUGAGGAGGUGCGGUACCUGCUGUGUGGCGUGAAGACGUACGGCUUCUCCUGGAACUCCAUCUUGUGGUCAUACCCCUUCCAACCUGGACGCACCAAUGUGGACCUGGCCAAGAAAUACAGGCGGCUCAUGCAACAAGAGAACAUAUCCUUGAGGCCAGAUAUUUGAUAUUUUCCUUCAUGAAUGUCAAAUUGCAUAAAGAUGAACUGACAGAUUGUCUUUUUGCCUGCAGAAUUCUGGCUGUGCAUAUUCUUGAUCCUGAGUUCCACACCCUGCCUAUUGUUGAUGGCAAACUGUAAAUAAUAAAGCGCUGCCUCCCUUAA